AUGGCUGGCGUUUGUAGCAGAUUUGCUUUUGCGACCGCAACAACUAUAGAGGAGCUGAAAAACUGCUCCAAAAACGAAAACACUGCAAAAAGCACCGAUUUUUGGCUCUCUGUCUGGAAGAAGUAGUGCUUAGAGAAGAAAAUUACAGAUGAAAUAGAAUAUUAUGAGCCGGCUGAGCUUAACACUUUGCUCGAGCAUUUCUACGCCGAAUUAAAAAAUAAACAAGGUGAAGAUCAUGAACCAGAAAGCCUCAAAGUAAUGAUGGCAUCGCUUGACAGACACUUAAAGAACAAAGGCUACACCUUGUCCAUUGUACGUGACCGAGAAUUUAGUUCGUCCAAACAGGUGUUGGAAGGCAAAGCGAAACAGCUUCGCUUGGCUGGCCGUGGUAAGCGCCCAAACAAAGCUCGACAAGUAACAGACGAGGAAGAAGAAAUUCUCUGGAAGAGCGGAAAACUCGGAGGUAAUAACCCAGAAUCUUUAAUUCAAACAAUGUGGUGGCUCCUUACCCAACACUUUGGUCUUCGUGGAAGGCAAGAACACCACGGAAUGAGACUGGAGGAUUUCAGAAUCAUGAACGGUGACGACGGCGUCGAAUUUGUUGAGUUUGCAGAA